UCACGCUUCGUGGGGCGGGACGAGGAGAAGCCAAACGUAAAGACACCAGGAGUUUCUCGGCCCCAGGUCUGGCUGCUGCCGGGGAGCUCCAAGCCUUGGCGGGUUCUUGCAGCGAAUAGCAGUCUGGGCAGGCGUCAGGCUAGUCCGACGGAGAGUGGGUGUGAUCAGCACUGGAGAAGAUGCCUGCCCCUGCUGCCACAUAUGAAAGAGUAGUUUACAAAAACCCUUCCGAGUACCACUACAUGAAAGUCUGCCUAGAAUUUCAAGAUUGUGGAGUUGGACUGAAUGCUGCACAGUUCAAACAGCUGCUUAUUUCGGCCGUGAAGGACCUGUUUGGGGAGGUUGAUGCUGCCUUACCUUUGGACAUCCUAACCUAUGAAGAGAAGACCUUGUCGGCCAUCUUGAGAAUAUGUAGCAGUGGUCUUGUCAAAUUGUGGAGCUCUUUGACCCUGUUAGGAUCCUAUAAAGGCAAAAAAUGUGCUUUCCGGGUGAUUCAGGUUUCUCCAUUUCUCCUUGCAUUAUCUGGUAAUAGUAGGGAACUAGUAUUGGAUUGAAUGAAUAGUCUUCCAUUUCGGAAACAUUUCUCCACUCUCAUAUUUAUUUUUUUGGUGCCUGCAUGUUUGAAGACUGAAGCAGGCUAAAAGCUCUUGAUGAAAUUUGUGGGUGCUGAAGAUGUUCCCACUAAUUUCCAGCCAUCGCUUUUGGUGGGGUGGGCUUCGCAGGACAGUCUGCCUGAACCUGCCAGUGCUGACCCUGCAGCACUUUCAGCAUAUGCACAUCAAAGUUGGAGACCGCGCUGAACUUAGGAGGGCCUUCACACAGACAGACGUGGCUACCUUCUCAGAAUUAACGGGGGAUGUCAAUCCUUUGCAUUUAAAUGAAGACUUUGCAAAACACACCAAGUUUGGAAAUACAAUUGUACAUGGAGUUUUGAUCAACGGACUUAUCUCAGCUCUCCUGGGAACUAAAAUGCCAGGGCCAGGUUGUGUAUUUCUUUCCCAGGAAAUUAGCUUUCCAGCCCCUUUAUAUAUUGGAGAAGUUGUUUUAGCUUCUGCAGAAGUGAAAAAGCUGAAGCGGUUCAUUGCUAUUAUUGCAGUGUCAUGUUCUGUAAUAGAAAGUAAAAAGACUGUUAUGGAAGGCUGGGUUAAAGUUAUGGUUCCAGAAGCUCCCAAAUCCUGAAAUAUGUGUUUAAAGAUGUAACCUCAAACACCAAUGCUGUAGUUAAAGAGCCUCUGGGGAAAUGGAUUGCUGCUUUUCACCAAAGAAUGGUUGAUAGGCCCAGAAGCCCAUCUUAGUUAGGGGAAGGGAGCAGGUAUAGGGUUGUUCAAAUGCCCACUUUCCGGUUUGGCCUUAUGCUUCAUGCAGACUUGAGUGUAUGCAGGAUUUUCAUUAUCUGCCUGGCUUUUUUGUUUUUUGCUUUUUAAUUCAAGAAGUGGGCUGGGCCCGGUGGCUCAUGCCUAUAAUCCUGGCACUUUGGGAGGCUGCGGCAGGUGGACCACUUGAGGUCAGGAGUCCAAGACCAGCCUGGCCAACAUGGUAAAACCCCAUCACUACCAAAAAAAAAAAAA